UUAGGGUUUUGGCCUUUUGCAGGGAAGAACUUGUCGACAAGAACCAAUGUUACCCAUUGUUGUCGUAUCUUGAGGCCCUGCCUCCAACAUACAAAAUCAGCCAUGAAACCAUAUUGAAGCAUCUGGACAGCGACGGCUCUUUGUUUCAAUCACCCUCUGCAACAUCAAGCGCAUACCUAGCCACCGGGAACGAAGAAUGCUUGGCUUAUCUUCAAUCUCUUGCUUCGAAUUGUGCUUCUAAUGGUGUUCCGUCUCUAUACAUCGUGGAUGAAGAGCUUACAAAACUUUCCAUGGUUUAUCAACUAGUGAGAUUAGGGUUGACCGAGUACUUUGACCAGGAGAAGGAUGAAAUUUUGGCACAAAUCUAUCGGAACUACAAACAUGAAAAACCGAUCACGAAAUCAAUUCAUUCGAUCGGUGUCGAGCUAUACAAAGAUUGCUUGGGAUUCUGGCUUUUGCGCAUGCAUGGUUAUAGUGUAUCACCAUCAAGCUUUUGUUGGUUUCUAGAUCGUGAAGAAGUUCGAGAUCACAUCGAAAAACAUUAUGAAUACUACUCAAGCGUGCUCCUUAACGUUUAUAGAGCCAGCAGUCUUAUGCUUCUGGAUGAACAUCAACUUGAGAAAGCAAGAACUUUCUCGAAGAAGUUUCUUGAGAAAAUCGUAUUCGGAGGAACGAGAGAUGAAAGCAUCAUCUCGUCGAGUCAUCGCAGAAUGAUUGAGCACGAGCUGGGUCUUCCAUGGAUGGCUCGCCUAGACCACCUGGAACAUAGGAUGUGGCUGGAGGAAAAAGAUGCUUGUGUAUUAUGGAUGGGAAAAUUUUCUUCCCAUAGGUCAUCAUUGGUUCAUAAUCAAGAUAUAGUGCAACUUGCUGUGCAGAACUUUGUACUGAGACAAUCUGUUUACAGGAUGGAGCUUGACGUAGUAAAAGGGUGGUCUAAAAAAACUGGACUUAGCAAGAUGGGGUUCGGUCGAGAGAAGACAGUGUACUCUUAUUUUGCUGUCGCCUCUUCCGUUUCUUUGCCUUGCAACUCCGAUGUGCGAGUAAUGGUUGCCAAGAGCGCAAUCAUAAUAACCGUCGCCGAUGACUUUUUCGACAUGGAAGGUUCAUUAGAGGAUCUGGAAAAGCUUACCGAUGCAGUUCAAAGGUGGGACGGUGAAGGACUAAGGGGGCACGCAAAGACCUUAUUUGAAGCCCUCGAUGAUAUCGUCGCCGACUUCAGAGUGAAAUGCUUCAAACAAUCGGGGAAGGACAUCAAGAAAAACCUUCAACAUAUAUGGGGCGAGACAUUUCAUUCGUGGCUCAUGGAAGCGAAGUGGAGCCGAAGUGGAGGUGCGCCUGUGACACCCGAGUACCUUGACGUGGGCAUUAUGUCUAUCGCAGCGCACAUCUUAGUCCUUCCCUCGUCGUGCCUCGUGAGCCCCACGACGCCGUUGCAUCGCCUGUGGUCCAACCCCUACCAACCCAUCACCAAAUUGCUCAUGGUCAUCACUCGGCUGUUGAAUGACAUCCAAAGCUACUCGAAAGAAGAAAAGCAAGGGAAAUUGAACUUUGUGCUGCUCUACCUAAGGGAAAACCCCGAGGCCAACAUUGAGGACUCCAUCAAAUUCGUACAAUUGCUGCUAGACCAACUGAAGAAAGAGUUCCUCCAACACGUCCUCAACGGGCUCUGCGACUUGCCCGAACCGAGCAGGCGGCUCCACCUUGGGUGCUUGAAAGUGUUCCACAUGUUCUUCAACUCCUCCAACCGCUACGACUCAGACACGGACAUGCUCCACGACAUCCAGAAAGCGCUCGUAGUCCCGCCGCAAGUCCCCAAAUUGAAGCCCCUGAGGCCUUUGCCGGAGCAACCAGGAUCGAAGCCUCGGGUGUUAGUGACCAAGAGCCUGUCCGGCAAAUUCGGCCUCAAGUGUUUUCCUAGGAAAAGCUUUAUUGGGUAUCGAAUGUCUUCCCAAACUGGUCCAGUGAAUAGAUGGGAGAAGAUGUACAAGUCAUCUAGUUUUAAGCUAUAUUUCGCUUAGUUAUGGCAGUGGUAUAUCUUCAUGUACUUAUAGUCAUGAACCAACUAUGGUAUUUCGUGCUUCAAUCUCGUUGUUGUCCGUGUGGAAAGCGUUACAAGUCCACUUUCUAAUUGAUGCCGGAGCAUCCCUUGAAGGCCAUUAAUUCGGCAUCUUUGGAAAUAGUCAAAAUUUGUAAACCUACAACCAACUAUAUUUCUCAUAUUUUCAAUGUCUCAUAAAUGUCAUUAUUGCAUUUCUUA